UGGUCCAAGGUGUUUAGUCUUAUCGAAGUAUAUUAUGUUAUAAACGUUUAAAGAAUUUGAUUACGCGAACAACAAUUUUUUUUAGAAAGGGUGGUCACUUUUAUCGUCGACGAUCGACCGUCCGUUCGUCUAUUACCUUUUCUGUGUAUUAACUACAAUAUACUACACGGACGCCCUGAAUUCCGAUUUUGGGCCCUGUACCUAGUGACGCGAUUUUUCACGUCCACAUUGGCGUCUAGAGAGUGUUGUAUUCGGAUACCUGAGUGGGGCACAGUGCGGUUGUGUUCACGUUCUUUUGAAACGCUUGAUGUUUUCAUUUUUUUCCGCUGUGUUUUUCCGUUGUCAUACUAUGUGAGCGUUCACUGUUUAUAGGUUUAAGAUGAUUUUAUUGUAAACGAUAUACAUAUCAACGUAAAUAUAUUCAUAUUUUAAUUUACCUAUUCCAGACGUAUAACCUUCCGAUGUUGGUUAAUAGUUUAAAAAAACUAAAACAUUUACACUUAACAUUCUGUCUGUUACACCGCGUACUAGACGUGGUUUCAAUUUUUGAUACAAGUUUAGUUUUAAUACAAUCUUGAACAGCUGCUUUGUUUCGUUCGUUUGUCUGGACAAACGCAGUAUUUACCUGGGUAAGUCAUUACGUGAAUUAUUUUAUUGUUAUAUUAUUUUCUUGGGGGUUGAAUGUAUCUAGUAUUGUACUCAUGAAACAUUUUCCAGAAUGUGUAAAAGAUAUAGGUUAGACCAACACAUAGGGAUAUACUGGUAGUCGAAAUACAAUACUAAGAAAAAUUUAGUAGCUAUUAGGAUAUGGAUAGGAUCCUCAAUGACCAUCAGGCUAAUGAAGAGAUUCUAUCUGUAUUCGGGUUUUAUUAAUAAUCAAUAUAUUAAUUAUGUAUGUUGCCAUUACAGCUGUUUUUAGGUCAAGAGGAAAAAAAGGCUCGACCAAAAACCAUACUAAGAAAAAAUUGUAAAUUUAUACACCUAUAUAUUAUACAAAAUGACGUGUCCUGACUGAUUCAUCAUCGCCUAGCGCAAAUCACUGGACAGAUUGAGCUGAAAUUUGGUAAACAUAUAGCCAUUAUGACGUAGGCAUCUGCUAAGAUUUUUGAAAAUUCAACUCCUAAAAGGGUAAAAUAGGGGUUUUUAAUUAUAACAUUAUGUUUUAAAUAAGUAUUAAUUUGUUUACUGGGGUAUGUUUUUUUCCUCAAUUUAUUCUGAGCAGUACCAUUAAUAUAAACUAAGUAAGUAGGUACCAAUAUUAUCAACAGUAUGUCAGAUACUGAGCAUUUUAUUAAUAAUGUACUGUAAGUGCUAUGAAAAAACUAUAAUGAUGACUGAUAAAAAAAAAAAUUUCAUUAUCAAGUUGAUGAGGUAUUUGUUUAUUGAUGAUGAUAUCAAUGGUGUGAAGUAGAUAAUGAAAAUUCUACAUAUUAUUAAUAAUUAAACCAAAAGUAUACUGACUAAUACAGAUUAAUUGAUUACUAUUAAAUGCAGAAGACUGAGUACUGAUUGUGUAAGGGUUGUACUGUUAAUAUGAAUGAUUGUGUGAGUGCUUUUUAAUGAUUACAAUGUACUUUCGUAGGACUAUAAUAUUUUUUCUACAAGUAUUUUAUUUCAAACUUAAAAUAGACACUAUACUAUGGUUAAACAUCACCAAAUGCAUCAGUGAUUAAUUAGGUACUACUCUAUAAUAUAAAAUUACUAUUAGAUGCAUGGUCAAUUUUCUUGUAGAUGUAAUUGGAUCAUUUGUAAGAUUUAACACUGGUUUAAUUUUUUAAUAUAAUACCUAUUGUUAGUAAAUUUAGUAAGUAAAUCUAUUAAGUACCUAUAUACUUUAUAAUAUUCAUAAUAUGUAUGGUAAUAACUAAUACUUGAGCCUAGUAUAUUAUUAGAAAUAUGUUGGUACUUAUCUAAAAAUUGUAAACCUUUUAAAUUGUAUACAUAUACUUAAUGUAAUGUUAAAAAAUGGCAUUUGAAACUAAAUACUUCAAAGUGUCAAUAGUGUUAUAAAGUAAUUUCCCAAGAAAACUAAUGCACACUACUUUUAAUAUUAUAAAUGCAAUACUGUAUUUAUGCGCUCUACUGAUAAUUAUAUUAUUCUUUAUUAGGUAAACAAAUUAUUAUUUAUAUUAUAGGUAAUUAUUAUAUAUAUAUAUAUUUUUUAAUUCCCCUUUAUAAAUAGUUUCAUUAGCUAAUACUUAUUAAAGCUAAUUAUAUUAAUUUUCUUUAAAUUAACUGCCUAUUUUUCUUUGGAUUUUAUUACUAUUAGUAUAACUAUAUUUACCUAUAUAAGUUAUUAUUUUUUUUAACUUUUCAUUUUUCUACAGACCUAAUUUUUUAAUUUUUCUAAAAUUAUUGUUCCAAGUCGUAUAAUCACCUAUCAGUGUUAGCUAUAAACUAAAUGCAAACCGGAAUACAAACUUAAAUAUCACAAGGAAUUGAGGGAAAAAAAAGCUCCUGACCAAAAAAUACUAGGAAAAAAAAUGGCAUUGUAAAUUAAUAUGAAUAUUUAAAUAAUAAUAAAAAAAAAAUAUUUAUUGUACUUAUUAUUUUAAGGUAAUAAAAAAAUAGGCAAUUAAAAAAUUAUGAUUUUUUUAUGUUAUAAGAGUUAAGAAUGUUAACAAAAAAAAAAAAAUAAAAAAAAAAACUCCAAUUAUUUAAAAAAAAUAUAUAAUAUAAGUAAUUUAAAAAUACAUAAUAAUUUGAUUAUUAUUUAUUAGCAUGAAAAAAUGUUGUAAACAGUUGUUAAUUUAUGUUACCACACCAUGUUUCUCUAUAUUAUUUAACGCCAAUUUUAAAAACAAAAUUAUAUGAUAUGUAUAAUGUAGGUACUUACGUAUACUUGAAAUCUAUCUACAUAAUAUUUAUCAUAUUUCUGAUUUAUUACUUGAAAAACUCUUAAUAUAUAUACUCUAUUGGGAAUCUAUUAAUCUGUAUAUAUUGGAUAUAUUUGAUAACAAGUACUGUAGAGUUUUAAUCACAAUAAGUCAUAUAACAUAUGAAAAUCAUGUUUUUUAAAAAUUAUUUUUAAAUUGCCUGUUUUUUUUUUUUUAAUUAACUUAAAAUUAAUGGUUUUUUUCGUUAAAAAGUUUGUUUUCAGUUGUUAAAAUUAAUUACAAGUCUGUAACAUAGGGUUAUAAAUUAUAGACUGAUAAAUGUAUAGCAAAUUUACUGAACUUAUUCUCAUAAAUAUUUUAUAAUACAUUUUUCCUUAUUCAUGUUUUAUCAUUACCAGCUACCAUAAUGUUGUACACUAUUUAUUGUUUCAUUUAAAUAAUUGAACAUUUCAAUAUUAUUUGCUAACUAUUUUUUACUAUCACAAUUAAUAUUUAUUCCGCAAUACAAAUAACAAUACUUAAAUAUUCAUAGGUUUGAAAUAUAGAGGCAAAUCAUAUAAAGUUCUACAAGAAUUAAAUGUUAGCUAUAGAUUUUAAAUAUUUAGAAGAAUUGGUAAUUCCAUGUUAUCUUGACUACCCAAAUAUUUCCAAGGCUACCUGUUAGAAUCAUCUGAGUUAUUUCGACUACCUCUGUAAAGGAAUCUAUUUAUACAUGUAUAUUUCCGUGUUGUGAUCUGUAUCUUCGUAAUAUACAAUCUAUAAUUUAUGUCGGUUUUUAUUUUGUCAGUCAAUUGACAGUCAUCCAUUGUUCAUAGUUUAGUCAGUUAUUAUAAUAUACUAUACUGUACCUACGUGCUUUGUCUUGUCAACACAAUUUGCCAUCAUUAGAAGCGACAAAAUCUUACAAACAAUCCACCAUUUGAUAGAAUUCUAAUGGAUAUUAAAACCAACUUUCUUCGCAAAAAAGUUAUUAACUAAAUGUUUUUUUAUUUUAUUUUUGCUUAAAAUAUUAUAAAUUGUUUUUUUUAAGUAUACAUUAUUUUUUACUAUACUUAUUAUUUAAUUUUUGCUUGACAUUUUAAAAUGUUAAUCAAAUGUUAACUAAAUUUUAAUUAACCAUCAAUAAUAUAAUACGAAUAUAUAAUUUUAUUAUUUAAUAAAUUGCGGUAGUAGUUGAGAUAACACGGAAGCACCGAGGAAUUAACUGUGUUAUCAAAAUUUAUUGGUGAUGCCUUAGACUUUCUACUGGGUGAAAAUCAAUGUUCUACAGUCAGCUUUUACCUGUAUUAUAUUCACUUAAAACUAGAUUAAAAAAAUGCUCGUCAUUUAGCUAAUAUGAUUAUACCGUUAAUUAAUUCUUUAUUAAAAUGAUUUAAUAAUUUUUUUUUAAUUAUCUCUGAAUGAGGAUAUUUUGACAACUUGUUUCCAUUCAUGCUAUAAAUUUAAAUGCAUAUGACCACAACAAAAUGGAAUUCUAAACCUAUGUAUAAAUGUUACAGAAAAUAUUUUUAUUGAGCAUACAUUACAUACGUACAUAUGUCUACAAACCAUCCACUCUAAGAUAUUGUACUACAUAGGUAAAUCAAAUAUAUUAAAUAUUAUGUAGCCUAUUGGUAGGGAAACAGCUCUUUAGAUAUUUUUAAUCUGUAUAUUUAAGGUGUUAUUACCACAUUAGUUUUAAAUAGGUACAUGAUUUAUCUACUAUAUUUUUGUCUAUAUUUAUACAUUUAUUAACUUACUUUUUUUGUUUUAGAAAUCAAUUUGUGAUACAACAUGGAAUUCACUAUAAAAAUCGAACCUUCUGAAGGAACCUCAGACUUAGUGGAUUUGUUGUCAGACACUGAAGUUUCUCCAGAAGUUCCUGCCUUGAAAUCACCUGAACGUCCAGCUCGUGUCAGGACACCACCUGAUAUGCAUUGUUCAAUAUGCCUUGAAGAAUAUAACAACAAAUGCCAUCCAGAUAUAUGUUGGCAUAAGUUUUGUUUUGAAUGUUUAAAACGAUGGUCACUUGUAAGUUAAAUAAAUUAUUAAAAUUAUUCAUCAGCAUAGUACACAGAUUUAUAUAUUUUUAAACAUUUUCUUUAAAUACAACCCCCCUACUAUACAUUUUAGGAAUGUGAUCUCAAAGGGACCAUGCAACAUAAAAAUCAUAUUUUUUUUCAUUGUGUAUUAUUAUUAUUAUUACAAAUUUAUAAAAACAAAAAUUGUCAGCUGUGAUUCGUUUUAAAAAUUGCUCGUGAUGUCAUGAUAUCCAAUUCUAUGGCAACUGUGUAUGUUAUUACUCAGGAAAGAUAGACACAUUAUUGUUAAUUUGUCAAACAACUGUUAUUAUUUUAUUAUGGGUGAACAUUAUUUUAUUUACCUAUAUCUAGCACGGAGUAAGAUUAUAAUUAUCUUAGUCCGUGAUAUCUAGUAAGUAAAUGUUCAUGAAGACAUUUAAAUGUAUUCUUUCAUAAUCGCCUGUUCUAUUAUAAAUUUGGGCUCUUUUCACAUUAUACAGUUUUGACUGUAGUAAGUAUUUAGUAUAAUAAUUAAUUGUAACAUUAAAUUUAACAGUAUACACUACAUGUAAUAAUAUAUAGUUGUAGUACAGUAUAUUAAUUAUUAUAUUUCCAUAAAGAAUAGAAACAGUUUUUUCCUGUAAAAAACAUUCGAAUAUUGAUCUAAAUAAUCUAACCUAUACUACCUACUCAACAUACGCGUACAAAAUAUUUUUUCAUUUAUAUUUAACAAUUAUCAAUUAUAAUUAUAACCAUCUAUAUAUUAUGUAUUUAAAUUUCUAUUAUAAGAAAUUAUAAAAAUUACUUUGUGCUCUAUGUACCAUUAGAGUGAAUACAGUUAUAAACAAUUUUCCCAUGGAGUUCAUUUUCAAGAUUUUUCUUGUCGUACUAGAAGUUUGGUUAAUUAUUAUAAAUGAACAAAUUGCAAUCUUAGUAAUGAAGUUAGAAUUUGUUCAAAAAAUUUAAACCUAUAAAAUAUAAAGAAUCUACAAUUCCUAAAAAUGUAUUUCAUAGUUCAACUACUAUUUUUUUAAUAUUUAUCAAUUGAGAAAGGAAACAAAUUUCAAAAAAUUGCAAAGAAAUGAUAAGUUGAAUUAUUAGUGACUGAUUUAUUAUGCGAUGUUGAAGACUAACAUAACGCAUAAAAAUAAUUUGAAUAUAACUAUAACCAAAAUGAAAUUGGUAUACAAUUGUGAAUUAGGUAGUGAUUUCAAAGUCAACAUGAUUUUUCAUUUAAUUUACCUCUUGAUGAGUUAUCAACUUCAGUUUUGAUGUUUAUGAUGAAGAUAUCGAGGUAUUUAAACUGAAAAAAAUCCAACAAGUUAAAUAAUAAACAAAUAAAACAAGUCAGUGACAAACAAGUAGUUACAAAAUAUGAAAAAAAAAUGAUUUAUUUAAAAAAUUAAUUUUGGACCACAAUGUAUUAAAUGUGUCUUUUAAUAAAUUAAUUUUAAAGGGUACUGGUUUUUUAUUGCCCUGCCAUCCAUAUUACAAUAAAUAUAAAAUAAUUCAACGGAAAAUAUGUACCAUUACUAUUAUGUUCCUACCAUGGGUGUUUAUCACAAAUAAUCAAUAAUAUAAUAAACUGAUAUAGAAAAUAAUGAGUUUAUUUAUUGAUAUAUAUUAAUCUAAUAAUUCGACAAUAUAUUAAUGUAAUAUCAUGGGAAUCACGGAAAGCAUAAACAUUUGUAUACAUUUUUUAACAUUAUAUUAUUAUUUCAUUUUUUAAUAUUUUAUCAAUAUAUUGUUGAAUUAUUAGAUUAAUAAAUAUCCUUAAAUAAACUCAUUAUUUUCUAUAUCGGUUUAUUAUAUUAUUGAUUAUUUGUGAUAAACACCUAUGGUAGGCACCUAAUAGUAAUAGUAAUAUUUUCCGUUAAAUUAUUUUAUAUUUGUAAUAUAAAAUAUUAUGCAAUUAUAUAUGUAAUUAUGUAAAUUACAAUGUAUUUAUUUUUAUAUGGAUGACAGGGUGAUAACAAACCUAAGUAGUGGGGCUUUAACAAACCAGUACCUUUUAAAGUUUAAAGUAGUAAAACAAUUGAAUAUAAUUGAAAUACAAAAUAAAGUUUGGCGAUACUUAGCUUAUAAAGAAUUUAUUACAUGAAUAAAUGCAUGCACAGCAACUGGUAAAUGUGGCAGAAUAGUAAUUCCAUCAUAUACAAUUCAUAAAAUUAGACUUAUCUAGAAGAAAAUAGUGUUUUAAUUUAUUAUUGUAUGUAAAAAUAUAAUGUUUUUUAAAACAUAUACUUUUAUUAUAAAAGCUAGUGAUUAUUUUAGUAUAAUAAUAAAUUAUAAAGAAAUUUAAAUUGUAUACUUAUGUUUUAUACUAAUAAGUUAAAACAAUUAAAUUAAUAAUAUAUUAUUAUUCUCAUAGAAAACAAUAUGUGUUUAGAAAUAUAUGAGAGAUAUUUAAAUGCUUAACUUUGUUUAAGAAAACAAUAAUAUAGGAACAAUUCAACAAUCAAUCAACUGAGAUUGGAACAGAUUCUCGUGUAGCACAUGUAUAUACACUGCUACCGAUAAGCAGGAUACUUUGAUGUCACGCUUUUUUAUAAAUGUCAUAAUUCAGAAAUUAUUCAAUGUAGACAAAUAUUAUCAGUAUAAUUUUUCUUUGGUCAGAUUUUUUAUAAUUUUCUAAAUAAAUGUAAAUUUUAAUUGUUUCAUGAUCAUUUAAUAUAUAUUAGACAGUCAUCAAUGCAUGACAAAAAAUGUUCUUAUAUAAUAUGAAGGAAUCAUUAAGUUUUAUAUUGUACUAAUUUUAGUUAAGUACUUCUUCAUAAUUACUUAAAAGAACUUGGUUAAUUAAAGCAUUAAAAUGUAGUUUAUUAAUAUUGUGAUUUUUUAGAUUGAAUCCUCAUGUCCAUUGUGUAAGAAGGAUUUCAAACAAAUAUAUCAUUCAUUGGUUGAUGAGAUCUUCACUGCAGUACACAAUGUUAUUCCAACACGUCCGCAAUCGUAAGAAUAAAAUUGUAUAUUAUUAUUAUUUACCUGACUGGUUCAAAAUUCCCAGUUCUAUUAUUUUUAUACAACAAUGUAAGUAGGCACCUAUUCUAUUCAAUAAGAGAAACAGAUCUUUUGGUACAUAUCAUCAAAUAUCACAGCCAAAUGUAUGAUAAGUACAUUUUUAUUUAAUUUAUGAUCAAAAUUUUCAAUCAAAAUUAUCUAGAUUGAAGAAUUUGUUUUAGUUACUAAUUAAACAUAAGAAGAGUUAUAAUAGCAAAAUUCAACAGCAUGAAUUUAAAAAAAAAAAUAUAUCAUUAGUAUAUGGUUCCAAAAAUUGUUUAAAUAAUAAUGUUUAAAACCAUAACAAUUAUAUAAAGACAACUAGAACUAAUAAAACUAAGAUUAAGAGUAAAAAUAAGAUUGGUAACUUAUGUUUUAAUUUUCCAUUUGGUAGUGCAGGCUGGGUUAAUUCUCAAUAUCUCCUGUGAAUUUUGUUAGUGUGCAUUAUUUAAUAUGUACAUAGUGGUUUACUUUUGACCGUCUGCUACUUAAAAGAUAUUUUGCCAUUCCCCACUUGUAUAAUAGGUAAUUGCAUUUUCUCUGCUUGAUUCCUAUAUGGUUUAGGGUAUCCUUAAGCCACGUGGCAAGUAGGAACCUGGUUUUUUUUUUUGUUGAAUCUUCGAUCAGUGAUGAAUUUCGUACUUCAGACUAACCAUAUUCUUUUCUAUUUAAUUUGUGAAUCAAUUUUGAUGGCUUCUUCCCAUAUAUGAUGUCUGAAUUUAAGCCUUUUAAUUGGAUUAUGUACUAUAUUUUUGUAGAUUGACAGAUUAAUGAUCUUUUUAAAGUAAAUAAGUAUAUUAAUAAAAAAUGUAUACAUAAAAAUAAAAUAAAUAAUUGGAUCGCCUGGAGUAUUAUGAUAAGUGUAUUAUACGACCAGUUUUUAAUUAAAAAUUCAUCAUCAGGUAAAUCUCAGUCAAAAUUUAAAAUGCGAGUCUUAAUCAUUUUAAUAAUUUUGUUUUACUUUAUUAUUUUAUGAUCUUUUUAAUUUUACUGGUGACACUUUGGGUAGUUUUUAUCUUCUGAUUUCUGGAGGGGUAAUAUGUGAAAGAACAGAUAGCAUUGGGUUGGAGUGCUUCUUACUGUUCCUCAGUCCCUGUGACUGUUCUCAUUGCUGCAUUUAGUAGUUAGAUGUACAUUUUUUUGCAGUGAGCAUUCAUCUAUACGGGCGCACAACAUUCAGCUACACUGUACACUAAGAAUAGUACUGAAGUUCUCAGAGUGCUUGCAUUAUAGCCCCAGCUAGUUAGCAUUGAACACAGCACACUGUAUUACUAGAGUUGAUAUAUAAUAUUUAUAAAGGUAGAAUACUGCACAUGGGUACAUCAUUGCUGUAGUUGGAAAUGUGGACACAUAAGGUAGUUAGGCUUUUAUUUUAUAUGCAAUGACUUGUUAAUUUGUUAUAAAAUAAAUUACAAUUACUUUUAAAGAAUUUGUCAUUAAUUUGAACUUAUUAAAAAAAAAAAUUCCAACAUUAACAUUUUUCAUUUGCCACUAAACAUAUGUUUCAUCUAUGCUAUUCAAGUGUCAAAUUUACCCAAAACUAUUAGGUUUCAUGAAAUAGAUUUUCUUCAAAUUUGAAUCAUGUACUUCUUUUUUAGUCCUCUAUUGACUCUUAUUCGACAAAUUAUUGAAUAUAGCUUAGUGUUCUAGGACCCCCAUACUGCAAUGACCUGUAGUCAAUUAAAACAAGUAUAGCUUAAUUUCUUAAGCAUGUAAAUUUCCUACUGAAAAUUGAGCACUCAAUACAUAUCUAUGACCCUAUCCUCUGUAAACUUGAGUAAGCUUAGCCAACCGCAGACUUUUUGCCAAUAUUGAAGAACUCCUCUCCAAUAACAUUGAUUCCCUAUUCUUAUUUUAUCAACUUAAUUUUUAUAUUCUUUCUCAUAUUAUACAUUUCAAAUAAAAAUAUUUCAACCCCUUUCUACUCUACUAAUUAUGAACUCAAUGAACCAAUUAUCCGUCUUAUGUCUAUUGCCAAUAUUAGCCCUUCUUUUAUUCUUAAUAUUUUUUGUACCCUUAAAUUAAAAAUUAGGGCUGCCAUUACACGUGUAAACAAAAUGAUAAGUACUUUUAGAAUUUUAAAAAUUCCUGUUUCCUAAAUUUUUUCCCAAUUAUUUUGAAAAUUGCUUAGAAAAAAAAAAAAUAACCUCAGAAAAAAUUAAUUUAUUAAAUAAGUAGAUAGGAAAUUUUAAGUUAAAAAUUUACAUUACCAUUUGUAUGUAACAGUUAAAAUCAAAACAAUAUUUAAUGUCACAAUCAUAAUUAAAUUAUAAAAAUGAUAAUAAUAACAUAAUAUAAUAGACUAAAUAUUAGCUAAUUACUAUUUAGCCGACCUCGGAUGGUUAAUUAACUUAACGGACGUAUAAUCAAUGGUUAACAGAAGUUAACAGGUCAAAGGUCUUAAUUAUAAUUUAAUCACUGUUUAAUAACGCACUGCAUAACUAUCUCUAAAUCUAUAUUUAGGUCUCUACAUCUAAGCUUGGGUUAGGUAAGAUUAUAUACUAGGUUACCAACUAUUUUCAAAAAUGUAUGUGGAUUUAUUGUAGUUUUUUGUAUAAAUUAUGUUUAGAAAUUAAGAACUUUGCAUUUUGUAUAUUAGGCUUUCUUAUCCACCAUGUAUAUUUUUUAAUUGUUUAUGGUUAUAAAUUUAUUUGGUUUAUUUUUGUAGACCAAGAAUAGUUGUGCGUCCAUAUGGCCAAUUAUUUGAUGAAAACAGGUAACAUACAAUAAUAUUGUUUAUUCAUUUAAAUUUAUAUUAUAUUGCAUACAGUAUAGCUCAUUGGUAAUCUAAUAAAAAUUAAUUUUUAACACCAUAAAUUAUAACAAAGCAUUGGUAAACAAAUUAAGCAAUAUAACCAAAUUACAACAAAAAUGAACUUAGGUCGGCAUUAGUGAGGGACAACAUAUUUGUUAAUGUCUAAACAUAUUUAAUAUAAUUAGUCUAUGUAUGUAUAUAUAAUACAAUGCAUAGUUCCAUUAGUAAAAUUGUAUUUAAAAUUAAAAGGUUAUGCAAAUAUAAUGUAAUUUUUUUAAAUAAAUAAAAUUAAAUGUUUAAUUUAGUAUGUUCAGUGUGAAUAUGUUCCUGGAUGAUCUUCGAAGAAACCAUCGGGAUAAUAAUUAUAAUGUUGGUGUCUAUUCUCAUUUGAACAUUGGAAGAGGUUCAAGAAUUCAAAGUAAUGUUCAAAAUUUAAAUGUUGCACCGAAUCCCUACCUUGUUGAUGGUGAAAUAUAUUUUUAUUAUUAUUAUACAUUUAUAUUAGGGUGCCACUAAAAAUUCAAUUCCAAUAAAAUCACCCAUAAUAUUUUACAUGGCUAUUUUAUUUUAUAUUUUUGAAAGUUAACAAUUUUUUAAAUUUAGCUUAAUGAGUUUUAAUAUUGUAGGAGUAUAAUACAAAUUAUAGUAUAAUUCAAGGUACUAGUUAAAUUUAGUCAUAAUAACCAAAAUAAUAAAAUAAAAAAAAAAAACUUGAUAAUGUAUGUACAUAAUCAUAAUACAUAAUAUAUAUAUAUAUAUAUAUAUAAUACAUAAUAUAUAUAUAUAUAUAUAUUUUUAUUAUUAUGUAUUUAUGUGAACAUAAUAUUGUAUCACAAUCAAUGUAUCAUAUUUUUAUUGUGACUUCAUUCAUACAGGAAAAAAUAAAAUAAAACGUCGUUUUAUUAUUUUAAAAUUAAAUUUUCCUCUAUUAAGAAAACAUUACCGUCGAUAAAAGUUUAAUACAGUUAUUAUAGAUAACAGAUUUUUUACAAUAUCAAUAAAAAAACCCGUUAUAACAUCUGUAUAGUCAUUAUACAGAUAUCAUAAUAAUCUAUAAAAAUUAGAAUGUACAAUAUUAUAUAUAGAAGUUCAAUAUAUGGUCAGUACACCUGAUAUGUCACUACAACCAAUUUUAUUAUAAAUGUUAUUUACUGUAAUUAAAAAAAUAAAAGAUACAGUAUUAAUAUUUUAAAGUCUUUUUGUUUACAUUAUUAUUUAUACAUUUAUUAAAGUAAGUAAUAAAUUAAAGUUGGAUUGUUUGAAUUAGAGAAUCUUUGAUGGGUUCUCGAUUACUUAUAAAAAGUAUUGCUUUGGUCUUCAUGUUUAUCCAAUGUAGAAUUAAAACUUUAUAAUAUAGUAAUUCUACGUUCAGCAAUAUUAUUGACUACUUUCAAUUCCAUAAAUCUUCUUUUUUAGUUUAUUUUAUUUUUGAAUUUAUUCAAUGCACUUGGAUGAUUUUUAAAAAUUGUAAGAUUAAUUUAAGGCUUCAAAAAGUUUUGGAAUAUUUAUUUUUAACAAAUUUUGAUAGUUGUAUAUUUGGUAUACUGCGGUCAUCCAAUUUGAUACAUUUAAGAGGUUCUUUGUUUCCUUUUAGUAAAGAUAAAACCAAUGAUUCUUUUUAUUCUAUAAUUAUAUGAUGAUUGAAAAAUGUCAAAUCUUAUUUUUUUUUUUUCUAGCUUCUUCCUUUUCUUUUCUAAAUUCUCUACAUUUUUCUAUUAUGCUCAAUAUUUUAUGAACUGAAACCAUACUCCCCCAUUUACCUAUCUCUCCCUGAGCCAUUAAAAACUAAGAAGAAAUCACAAUCAUAAAUGGAAUUCACCCAAAUACUGUACAAUUAUUUUUACUAGCAGUAUUGUUUAAUUUUGCAAGAUAUAAUAUUAAAAGAUUAUCAAAUUAUUUAUUAUAAUAAAAUAGAUAGUAUACUAUACAGAUUAUCUCAAUCACAAUAUCUUACUACUAUGGUUUUUCCAUAAAGUAACAUUAUAUUAGUGUGCAAAGCCACGGGUUACAAUGGGUAAUAAUAAUACUCAUAUUAAUAGGAAGAAGAAUGCGAAAGACAAAACAUUAGGCAUUAAGUAUAAUGUGCUCCGAAAGCGAAACUGAGAGAGACAGAGGUCCUUUAUCUGCUGUAAACUAAUUUUAAUAAAUUAUUAUUCUUUUUUGUUUUUUUUUUUCCCAAUAAAUGAUGCAAUACAAAUAUGACGGGGUAUUUGCCCUUGUGAGCAGUCCCUUGUAGCAUCGCAAUACACCCACAAAAAAAAAUAUAAUAAUGCUCAUGUAUAAGACAAUACCCAGUAAUAUUUUAAGACUGACUAUUUUGAGUGACCAAUUAACAUUAUCAAAUAGGAAUACAAUUUUUUGCGCUAAUUCUUUAUAUCUAAAGGAAAAUAGUUAUGAGGUGUCAUAGAAAACAAUAAAUAACAUUUACAUUUUUGUUUAUAAGAGAUUGGCACCCUAAUUUGUAUCUAUUUAUACUUAAUAUGUUUUACUUUAAUUUAGUUCAAGGAAUUAGAAGACGAGUGUAUUCAGACAAUAUGUGGGCUGAACCAUUACCCGAUUUAAGUGGGCGAUUUAGAGAUUGUAGCUCUAGUUUUUAUAGGUAAAAUAAUAAUUACAAUUUUAAGUUUUAAGUUAAAAAUUGUUAAAAUGUUUGAUUGAUUAAUUUUUUUAGAGAAAAUCCAGUACAAACUUAUAGAUUGCAUGGAUUUAUCAUAAGAGAUAUCACUGUUAUAAGAUCUCUCAUUGCAACCGAUUUAAGACGCAGACCUCCUUCAAGUGUUAAUGAUGAAGCUCUAACAACCUAUAUAAUGCGUUCAGUCCUACUGUGUGAAAUAAGAGACAUGCGUUUGAUAAGCAUAUUAUCACCCUAUAUUGGGCAACAUGCAGACCAUUUUCUUCAUGAAUUAUAUAACUUUGCCAAUAGUCCAUAUGAUUUGGUUGGUUAUGAUCGUAAUGUACGCUACUCUACUGGUCGAAAUCAUCGUCGUUACAUAAUACCAUUUUCUGGUUACAGCGGAUUAAACGUAAAAUAAUCAAAAUACAUAUUAUAUUUUUAGUAUUUAAUUUUUGUGUUCAAUUUUUAGAAUGCAGAUCUUGUUGAGCUACCAAUACCAAAUCAAAGAGAUCUAUAUUUUAUUAAUAAUUCAAUUGAUCCGAUUGUAGUAAAUUCAGAUGACGACGAGGAUGACAAUAAUCACAUUAUUGUUAUGCCGUCUUCACAUACGCAUGUUCCAACAGAAGUUAUUGAAAUUAAUUCUUCUGAGGAUACUGAGGAAUCUGAUAUUGAAAUUAUAGAUAUCAUUGAUACUGAACCUUCAGAUACAUUUUCUAGGGAUCAGCCAUCCACAUCAACCGGUAUUCGAGAUUCAUUGAAUAGACCAAACACUAGGUACUCAAAUUACUAUCAUUACUUUUAUUGUUCUUGUUUUGUUUUGCUGUUUUGUAUAUUAACAUAUGCUUAAAUGAUAUUGUUUUUUCCUUAAACAGGUAUAAUUUAAGGAGACGUAGAUUAUUUCAGUCCAAUCAGCAACCAAAUUGUCCAAGUUUCCCACAGCGGAAUACUGUAGAGAGGAUUGUUAUAGAUAGUUCGUCAGAUGAUGAGAUAAUCGAAACUAAUACUCGCAGUACACAAAUUACGAGGAGGUCAGAAGUUACUGUGAAUAAAAGGAAACGAAAAAUCAAAAAAUCCAAACUUAAGAGAAGGAAAAAGAAUGUUGUUGAAUCUCGGCCUGAUAUUCGACUUGGUAUCAGAACUCGAUCAGGUUCAGAUUCUUCGUCUUCUAGUGAUACAGACAUAAACUUAAGUAGCAAUUUAAUGAAUAUUCGCAAUGUUUAUUAAUAAAAAAA